CUAAACAAAGCCAAAGGGUUCAUCUAUUAGUGAAUUUACCCAUUCUCAUGGGUUAACUUAGCCAGGUUUGCCACUUAACCACCUUCUUGUUGGAAUACAUUACAUUACACAUUUUUGACAUCAUAUAACCAUCAGUCUCAAGUCAACAGCAAAUACAUAAACUGUAACCUCCUGGAGGUGUUAUUUUAAGACUGGUUGUCACAAACAACAACAACAAUAGUCCAAUACACAUUUUUGAAAUGAAAUCAAAUAACCAUCAGUCUCAACAGCAACUAAACUGUAACCCCCUGGAGGUGUUAUUUUAAGACUGGUUGUCCAUGUUCUAUGCGUUUGUCUCGUCAGAAACAGCUCCAGUCGCUAACGUCUACUAGAGCUAGCGUUAAAAUGUGAAACAUUAACCAGUCUCGUCAGUUGGCACUUGGCAUGAGCUUUCUAAAAUAUAAACGAACGUUACAAUGAUGUCUUGACUUACCUCAAUGUCAUUAUGGAAUGCCUUGAGAUGUCUCUUAAGAUUCGUGGUGUUUUUCCCUGCGAUUUUGUGGCCGCAUUUCUCCCCAUCUUUUUCCACAACACAUUCCGUUUUCUUUUCCACGUCUAUGUAACGAAAGUGUGUCCAAAUGUCGUUUCUUCUUUUUCUCCCAAAGACAACCCCCGGCUGGCCGGCCAUUGGUCCCUUUCUCUGUGUCACCUUUAUUUAUUAAGCUGUGCUUAUCAAGUGAUAACCCACCGCAGCUGCAUCUUCUGAAAUUAAAUAAUACCGCUCGUUGGGAUCGAGGAAGUGACAUCGCUCAGGCAAAAUAAUGAUAAUAAAAACUAAGAGACAUUUUUGUAAACCACAUUUUCGUCUCGUUUUUAUUUGUCAACAAAAUGGCAUUACACAUUUUAUUAUUGUUAUCGUCACGUGACCAGCAUCUUCGUUGCGUCUCGUCUCGUUUUCGUCACGUGAUAAAGGUUCGUUGACGAAGAUAUUUCAUCAUAAUUUUUGUUGACGAAAGCAACACUACCUGUGACUACAACCAUGUUUUGGAUUUCCUUUGCUGUGUCUGUUUGCCCUGUUACUGAACCCUUGCCUGGACUAUUGAUUACGUGCAUAAUUUUAACCAGGUGUGUUGGUAUUGCUGUGGACCGUCCACUAGACGUGGUAAAGUUUGAUUUGUAAUUGCUAUUUUGAACAGCAGAGGUUAGGGCUUGAGCUAGUUUGUUUCUCUUGCUGUGUGAAUCACUUAUACUGGUUGCAUACCUGUCAAGUGGUUGAACGUUUGUUUUAAAUAGCUCUGGAAUCUGUCAGUAGAUUAGCUUUGAUUUGAUAUUGCUUGUGAGCGAUUGUAGACGAUUUAAAUAGGUGUGUCAGAGCGACGCUCCGUCCCAGUUUGUUAUGUUAUGUUUCACCCCAUCCCAGUCUGCUCUCUCCCUCUAAGACACCCCCUGCGACGUGGGCCUUCACGGCGUCGGAACCCCUCGAACCUCAGCUACCCCCCGCUAACCCCCUGUGAGGACUUUGCUGUCACAGGGGAACUAUGGAACUGCCAGUCUGCCGCUUGGAAGGCUGACUUCAUCCCCGCAUAUGCCGCCCUCCAGUCCCUACAAUUCCUUGCCCUAACUGAGACCUGGAUCACACCUGACAACACCGCCACUCCCGCUGCCCUCUCAUCCUCCUUCUCCUUCUCGCACACUCCCCGGACUUCCGGCCAUAGCAGUGUUAUCUAUCAUCCUCCAGGGCCCCCGGGAAGCUUCCUUGAUGAGCUAGACACCCUUCUUAGCUCCUUCCCUAAGGAUGGCACCCCACUGAUUCUCCUUGGAGACUUCAACAUCCACCUUGAAGCCUCCCAGGCUGCUGCCUUCCUACCGCUACUCCACUCCUUUGGCCUCUCCCUGCAACACUCUCCUCCAACCCACAAGGCAGUGAAAGAGCUUUUCAAAAGAAAAAUGCAAAGACACCAGUGAGCCCCAUGCUGCCGGUUGAUAACAGGGCUGAAUAGCAGGUUCCCACAAACCAUCUGCCUAUUGGAGCAUUUGAUGAGUGUGUUCACCUCUCCAGAUCAGCUCCACCGAGUGCCACUGCUCCUCACUAAUACUGAGACAUGAUUGGAGCAGAGAGACUCAUCCUCAUUGGCUGCCUGCUACAAGGCGGCACGGAUGGCGCAGUGGGUAGCACUGUCGCCUCACAGCAAGGAGGUCCUGGGUUCGAAUCCCCGUCGGCCGGGGCCUCUCUGUGCGGAGUUUGCAUGUUCUCCCCGUGUCUGCGUGGGUUUCCUCCGGGUACUCCGGUUUCCUCCCACAGUCCAAAGACAUGCAGGAGCCCUGGGCAGAGAGUGGGCAGUCUGGAUGCCUCAGAGUAUAGAAGCUCUGAGUGGAUCCUGUGUGCUGAUUCCCUGCAGAUUUGAAAUGCCAGAAUAUAACUCUUACUAUGGGUCUCCCUAUGAUUACUUGCUGAAACGCUAUCCAGACUCCGUUACAGGAUUAUGGCGUAAAGAUAGAACAACAGUGUUUGAUUCCAGAAGCCAAUCUGAAUCUCAUCUGAAAGGAAUGAUGACUGGAAACCUUUUGCAGAAGAGGUGCACUACAGUUCUGGAGAACCUUCCUAAGUAUUAUAGUGAGCAAUAUUACUUCAGAUUAGAAACCUCUUAUUUCCAAUUGAAUUUUCAUCCAGCUGUUCAAAUUAAUAUCAAAGACUCUCCACCCAAACCCAAGUUAACCACAGAGAAGGUGGAGGUGAUGGAGGGGACCUCUGUGAGUUUGAGCUGCUCUGCUGCAGCCCCCUGUCCCAAACUCCCCCCAAAUCUGACAUGGACCCCCAGGCUGAGUGACAGUGUGGAUCAACUGCAAGAGAAUGAGGAUAAUACCACAUCUGUGUCUUCUGAUCUGACCUUCACUGCUUCCCACCUCCACCAUAGGCAGAAGAUCACCUGCAGGGCACUUUACACACUGCAACAAGGAGGCAAUCAGAAGAUGUCUGAGGCCAGUCUGACUCUCAAAGUCCAAUAUCCUCCUAAGAAGACCUCAGUGUCAGUCAAUCCCUCUGGUUCAGUGUUAGAGGGCAGCUCAGUGACUCUGACCUGCAGCAGUAAAGCCAGCCCACCAGUGCAGAACUACACCUGGUAUAGAGUGAAUGGGCCAGAGAUGAACACUGUAGGAACUGGACAGAAUCUCACCUUCAAUGUGACUGAGUCCAGUGGCAGUGAACAGCACUACUGUGAAGCACAGAAUGAACAUGGCAAGGAGAACUCGACAGCUGUGCAGCUGGGAGUUAAUUAUCCUCCUAAGAAGACCUCAGUGUCAGUCAGUCCCUCUGCUUCAGUGUUAGAGGGCAGCUCAGUGACUCUUACCUGCAGCAGUAAAGCCAGCCCACCAGUGCAGAACUACAUCUGGUACAGAGUGAAUGGGCCAGAGAUGAACACUGUAGGAACUGGACAGAAUCUCACCUUCAAUGUGACUGAGUCCAGUGACAGUGAACAGUACUACUGUGAAGCACAGAAUGAACUUGGCAAGGAGAGCUCAACAACUGUACUGCUGAAUGUGAUAUACAUGCCUCAGAUCUCUGGCUCUGGGAGCUGCAGCAGAACUGCAGCAGAGAUCAGCUGCUCCUGUGAGAGCCGUGGGAAUCCCUCUCCCAGCAUGGAGUGGCAUGUGUCUGGACUGCGGGUCACUAACUCUACUGACAGAGUCAUCAGGGAGGAGCAGCUGGGGAACACAGGCCUGAGGAGCUCCCUCACCAUGCGCCACUCACAGGGAGACACGGCCACUCUCCUCUGCCUCAGUACCAACGCUCUCGGCACCUCCAGCCUCCAGCUCCACGACCCUUGUCCACAGAAACACUCAGGAGUACACCUGCAACCACUGCUAUAUGUUAUCAUUGCAGCACUGAUUUGUCUGAAUGUGCUGACUGUUGGAUUCUGUCUCCACAAAAAUAAAAGAGACAUGAUUAAAGUGGCAUGGCUCAUUCUCAUUGGCUGCCUGCUGCAAGGAGCCCUGGGCGGAGAGUGGGCAGUCUGGAUGCCUCAGAGUAUAAAAGUUCUGAGUGGAUCCUGUGUGCUGAUUCCCUGCAGAUUUGAUAUCCCGUCUGAAUGGGAAAAAGAUCUGCCAGGGACUACAGUACAAUGGCAUCGUGAAAAGGAUGAUACUGUAAUGUUUGAUUCUAAAAGCCAAUCUGAAUCUCAUCUGCAAGGAACGUUCACUGGAGACCUGCAGCGCAAGACCUGCACUACACUCCUAGAGAACCUUCCAAAACAUGCUCGUGAUAAAUAUUUAUUCAGAUUACAUGACCCCAUCAAAUAUACUUUUCGAGAAACAUUUGUUGAACUUAUUAUCACAGACUCUCCACCCCAACCCAAGUUAACCACAGAGAAGGUGGAGGUGAUGGAGGGGACCUCUGUGAGUUUGAGCUGCUCUGCUGCAGCCCCCUGUCCCAAACUCCCCCCAAAUCUGACAUGGACCCCCAGGCUGAGUGACAGUGUGGAUCAACUGCAAGAGAAUGAGGAUAAAACCACAUCUGUGUCUUCUGUUCUGACCUUCACUGCUUCCCACCUCCACCAUGGGCAGAAGAUCACCUGCAGGGCACUUUACCCACUGCAACAAGGAGGCAAUCAGACGUCUGAGGCCAGUCUCAUUCUCACAGUUCUAUAUCCUCCAAAGAACACCUCAGUGUCAGUCAGUCCCUCUGGUUCAGUGUUAGAGGGCAGCUCAGUGACUCUGACCUGCAGCAGUAAAGCCAACCCACCAGUGCAGAACUACACCUGGUACAGAGUGAAUGGUACAGAGAUGAAUUCUGUAGGAACUGGACAGAAUCUCACCUUCAAUGUGACUGAGUCCAGUGGCAGUGAACAGUACUACUGUGAAGCACAGAAUAAACAUGGCAAGGAGAACUCAAAAACUGUACUGCUGAAUGUGAUAUACAUGCCUCAGAUCUCUGGCUCUGGGAGCUGCAGCAGAACUGCAGCAGAGAUCAGCUGCUCCUGUGAGAGCCGUGGGAAUCCCUCUCCCAGCAUGGAGUGGCGUGUGUCUGGACUGCGGGUCACUAACUCUACUGACAGAGUCAUCAGGGAGGAGCAGCUGGGGAACACAGGCCUGAGGAGCUCCCUCACCAUGCGCCACUCACAGGGAGACAAGGCCACUCUCCUCUGCCUCAGUACCAACGCUCUCGGCACCUCCAGCCUCCAGCUGCAUGUCCCAUCGCCACACUCAGGUGUUAGCAUUCCCUCACUGCUGAUUGCUGCAGCUGCUGGUGCUGGUGCCAUGGUGAUAGUGUGCCUCAUUGUGAAGGCCAUUCAAAAGCUGGGCGGGAAAAAAGGGGACAGCCAGUGUUGUGAAAGUAGAUGGAAGGACACAGAAGAGAGUUCUCCCCAAUCAGAAGAAGAACCAGUCUACGCCAACCACUCCAUGGUAACCACCCAACCCAGGGACCCACAGCUGGGAGGGACAGACCCACAGCCCCUGGCAGAGGACCGAAACAAGGCAGAGCUGGAAAACAUGCUUUACGCCUCGAUAAAGCACUCCCCCCGCUCCGUGGAGACACAGGGCCAGGAUGCCCGUGAAGGAGCCGCAGGUCACGGUGACGAUGUGGUCUAUUCACAGGUGGCCCGAAAGAAGAAAACCUAGAAGGGAAAGCCAUAGGAUGGGGA